GAGGCAAAAAAAGUCUUCAUACCGGGGACUUAAUUAAGCCGUUGAUUACGAAAGUUGAAUGAAUUAACGAUUGUGAAGUGAUAUUUUUAUUUUGUAAAUAAAUAGUUACUGAACAAUGAACAGCUUAGUGAGGUUAUGUUCAUUCACAAGACAUUUAAAUGCUCGCCGCUUACACACGGCGAAAUAUGUGCUAGACGCCGAUAAUAGACAGUUAUAUGAAGAUAUUUUUCCUGACAUCUAUCUGGACACUAUAAAGAAAUUAUGGAGGAAACCACCGCAGUGUGUCUACGCAGGAUUCGAUCCGACUGCUGAAAGUUUGCACAUAGGAAAUUUGUUAGUUCUUAUAAACCUCUUGCAUUGGCAACGUUGUGGUCAUCAAGUAAUUAUCUUAUUAGGAGGUGCGACUGGCUUAAUAGGGGACCCAAGCUUUAGAAAUUCAGAACGUGUUGAAAUAGAGAACAUAGUGCUGAAUGAAAAUCUGCAAUCUAUUAACAAUAACAUUAAGAAGAUAUUUCGAAAUCAUGAAAGACAUUUUUGUAAGAAGCUGCAACACGAUUUGAGACCUGUGACGAUACUGAACAACUUAGACUGGUACAACAACAAGAAUAUAAUCUCUUUCAUCAGGGACGUUGGCAAAUAUUUCAGAAUGGGCACAAUGCUCGGACGUUCCUCUGUACAAUCUAGAUUACAAUCGGACACUGGAAUGAGCUUCACUGAAUUCAGCUAUCCUCUGUUCCAAGGAUAUGACUGGCUACAUUUACAGCGUACGUACAACUGCAGCUUCCAGGUCGGAGGUCAAGAUCAAAUGGGGAAUAUUAUGACUGGUUACGAUCUAGUAACUAAGUACCUGGAUAAGCAAGUUUACGGAUUAACAUUACCACUAGUCACGACUGAAGGUGGAAAGAAACUUGGAAAGUCUGUUGGCAAUGCGGUUUGGCUAUCCUCUUCGAAGUCCUCGAGUUUUCAGCUGUAUCAGUACUUUGUUAGAACCGAAGAUGCAGAUGUCGAGAAGUUUCUUCAUUUCUUUACAUUUAUACCUUUGCACAGAAUUCGAGAAAUUGUUGAAGAUCACUUCAGAAAUCCCGAGCUUAGAAGAGCACAGAAAAUUCUUGCGGAGCAAGUCACAUUACUAAUACAUGGAGAUGAGGGACUAGUAGCAGCAAAAAGAGCAUCCGCUAUUCUUUAUGAGAAAUCUAUCGACUCUCUGUCAAGAAUAAAUGCAGAUGAACUGUCGCAGCUGUUAGACGGGGCAACGAUAGUGGAUCUUUUACCCGAACCUAGUCUUACUGUUUAUGAACUAGCAAUGAGAGCAAACUGCUUUAAAUGGGAAUCUGACGCAAGAAGAAUUAUUGCGGCCGGUGGCUUCUCCAUUAACUAUCAAAAGAUUACGAACACAGAGGAGGUUCUUGUACCAGGAAUACAUAUAAUGAGGAACAACGUGACAUUAGUCAGAGUUGGGAAAAAGAAUUAUUACGUUAUACGAUGGACAUAA